CUUAGCUAUAUUCAAGGCACAUGUGUUUUCCAAAUUAAAUCAGGACAACACAGUAGUCCUGAUUUAAUUCGGAAAAAGCAUGUUCCAUAGUCCUGGCAAUGUGAGGGAGGCUGCGCUAGUGCUAGCGCCCGGACGCCGACGGAACGGACAAUAUGUCAGAGGAUACGGUUGGCAGCAGGCUAGGCAGCGCCUAGAGUUUUUGGAGCAGAUGGUCAUUGAAAUGAAGACCAAACAUGAUGUUGAAGUUGAGAAAGAGAAGAAUAAACAGGCAAAGGAAGAUAAGGCGAAGAAGGAGAAGGAAGAAGAGGCUAGACGGGAACAAGAGAGGAAGAAUCAAGAGGAAUUUCGUAAGGAAUUGAGGGAUUCAGUGCAGCUGCAGCUGGCGGGUGUCGUGGAACUAAUUCAGGGUAAGGAUGCCGGAGCGAAGGCCAAUGCGGAAGUGGACGCCCUCAAGAAAGAGAUCGAGCGCUUGAGUUCCAAGAACACACCAGUCGGUCCUUCGACAAGCACUGUUCAAGGCAAGCUUCAGGAAAAUGACGGACUGAUUGCAAGGAAGUUGUCGGAUCAAGAGAAAAUGAAGGCACAAUUGGAGGAGGUGAUGGCUACUAAAGUGCGUUCAGAGAUUGUCGAGAAAGAGGUAAAGGAGGUGCGAACUGCCAGAGAUGAGGCGUGCAGAGAGAUGGCAACAGGAGGCUUUGCGAUCGAUGGGGGAGCGAUCUCGAUGGACCAGUGGUUGGAAGAUAGGAUUCAAGAGUUGUUAGACAUCUUGUGGGAGCUGGAGGAGGGGCCGGAUCCCCGGCUUGAAGUCUACAUCGACUGGGGGUGGGCGGAUGACAGGUUAGCUGCUUGCAGAAUCCUCUUCACAUUGGGGCGAGAUCUACGCAAUCAGUUGGAGUAUCGGUAUGGAUUGCUGGCAAGUGAAGAUGAUUACGACGAAAACACCGAUAACAACAACAACAUCGGCUACAGUGACACCAAGGAUGGGGAUGGUGUAAACAAUAACAAUGAUGGGGGGGGCGACGUCCAAGGCUGCACCAUGAUGGGAGUGAUACUGCAGGUGGACACAGAAGAUAAUGGAGACGUCAACAACAACAACAUCAACAACAACAACAACAACAACAACAACAACAAUAACAACAAUAUCAAUUAUAACAACAAUAACAAAAACGAUGGUGCGCAGGGAUUGGGAUUGGGUGAAAUGGGCGAAGGGGGUGUGAAGGAUAACAACAACAUUAACAACAAUGGCGAGAACAACAACGACGACAACAACAACUACAACAACAACAACAACAACAACAUGAUCAACAAUAAUCGUGACGAUGGCGGCAACGACAACCACGGGAACAGAGGGAAAGAGAGGGGAGGACGCUACAACAACAACGAUAACUAUAAUGAUAGUAUCAAUGCCGGAUUCAUAAUUGAUAGCAGAGAUCGAGUCAGCGGCAUGCUCAGCAGCAAGGUGCGUGCAUCCGCUAUUAUCAGCUGUACGGGGGGAGGGGAGGGGAUUGGCUGAGGUGGAUAGGGAUGGGAUUAGGGCUGGAAGAAACGGAUUGAUAUUUUCCCCCUCCCUCAAACCCUACCAUCGCUUGCUCCUCCUUGGCUGGCAUCGGGUUGGGAUAGGAUAGUUGAGUCUGCCCGCCCCCUUGGUUGAUAGGGGUUGCCCGGUCCGCAACCUCAAUGGAGGAGGGGGUGGGUCACCCAUCAAACUGAAGAUUGCUUGUAGGGGGGGGACAAUGAUAAUUCUGCCAGCAUAUAGGACGUCAGAAAGUAAUAAUCCUCGAUUACGAACAAUACCUCAUGAACAGGAGGUCAAUCCUCCCUUUUGUAGGGGAGUAAUCAAUGCCUCUGUUCUUU